GACUCGCAAGCAUUCUUGAUCUUGAUGCUUAUUAUUCACGGUUGUAACAGACAGGUGCCUAGACUUGUCAGCCUCGAGUUGCUUGCAAAGAUUGCUGCUCUUGUGGACUACUACCAAUGCCUCGAAGCGGUCGAGGUGUUUGCAGGAUUAUGGCUUCAGAGACUGAGAAGCCAACGUCAACUUCCAGAGCAGGUCGGGAGGGACCUUAUUUUAUGGCUCUUUAUAUCGUGGGUAUUUGCUAAUGGCGAUAUCUUCACGUCCGUAACGACCAUAGCCCUUCGGCAAAGCCAAGGGCCGCUUCCAACCUUGGGCCUCCCAAUCCCAGAAAAAAUCAUUGAGGCGAUUGAUCGCCGCAGACAAGAAGUCGUCGAAAAGGUCACCACAGCGCUCCACGGGCUCUGCGUUUCAUUUCGUGACAGUCCAGAUCAAUGCUGUUUUGAGUGCUCGUCGAUCCAACUCGGUGCGCUCACGAAGGAGAUGCAUGCAAAACGGCUCGAACCAAGACCAGCAUCACCAAUGCUCGGUUACAGUGUGGUAGCAACAAUAGAUACCGCGAGGAGCUUUCGUUCUCCUCAGUGGGACUGUAAGCGAAGGGGUUACAGGUAUGCAUCGCGUUAUUGCGAUCUAGAAUCCAUUAUUCGAUCAAAGGUGGAUGGUUUGAAGGAGAUGAUACGUGGUCUGAAACUGGGUGAUUUUCAGGAACGUCGCUCCCCCGUGGCAUCCGAUGGUCUUGGAGCGACGGCAGCAGCUUGA